AUGGAAGACCGAUUAGGAUCUGCAUCGAACUCGUUGUCACUGAAUCGUGUUGAUGCAUGUAAUACGUUUUAUUCUAAAAUAAACAGUGAAGAUAUUUUGAUUGUAUCUCCAUCGAAUGCUGUGAAUACCGCAGCUGCUAGUCCUACAACGUCUAGUACUCUUUGUAUGCUUAUAAAUGGUCGUCCUAUUCAACAACGUUAUAAAUUAUUAAACGACGGUCUUAUGCAAGUCUGCCGUGUUCCUCAUGCAAGAAACAUCAUUGAAAAGAUCCGUUUUUCUCGUUUUCUUCGUCGUUGGGAAGAUCAUCAUCUUACUCUUGAACACAAUGAAAUCUUAUCUGAUACGAAUGAAGGUUACAUGGAUCAUCCCAUACUCUACACAUCAAUAGAAGAUAUGUGUCCAUGGUCGAAGACAAAAAUGAUUGAUUCAAAAUAUCGUUUUUGUAUUCGAAUUGUUACAACUGAGUAUAUUUAUUUUUUUCAAGUCAAUACACUUUAUCUAAGAGAUCAGUGGUUUUAUUCGAUGCAAUGGAAACGAAAUAAAUUAAAAUUUGAACGAAUUUUAAGAACGGCACAUCGUCCUGAAAUAUUGCUAAAAGAAAUGAUACAUAUGAUCGAUUUUGCAAUGGCAAUACCAAUUGAAGAUGUUGAAAUUUAUCAAUUUCCACUGGAAAUUAUUUCUGAAAUUCUUCAACAACAACAAUUUUAUUUACCUCGAUUUGUUCAUGAAAAUGUGAUUGUUUCAUUGGCACCGUUACUAGAGAAACAUUAUCCAUCACCAGAAAUAUGUGAUUUUUUUAGUCGACAUUGUCGUGAUAGCCCACGCUCACAAAUUGUUAUUGAAAUGUUUACACCGGUGGUACAAAUAAUUUUAAAACACAAUACUGAUUUCGGCAGAUAUCCUCGAAUGCGAGUAUUUGUUCAAGAGUAUUUAGUGGCGAUAAAUUCACAAAAUGAUGGUUUACGUAUUGUACAAGAGUUUAUUAAGAAAAUGCAUGGUCCAACAAUGGUCUGCCCGUUUCCACGUGUUUUAACUAAUUUUGUAUCUGUUUGUCUCGCCGCUAUUUAUAACUUUUUUGAAGAUCGAAAAAAAUGUAGUUUCUGUUUGGACGAUAAAGAAAGUUGUCGAGCAUAUGAAGAAGCAACCGAAAGUCAACUAGUUUGCUACACAACCAUGUUACAAACAAUGUCCACAUUCGAUGAUUGGAGACCACAACUUGGUUUACUUCUUCAAUCGAUUCCAUUUCCAAAUGAAGCAUUAACAAAUGACCAAUUUAUUGAAAUAUUCAAAAAUGUUGUUAAAAAUAUUGUUGACGAUCCUCGCUGUGAAGUUCAUCAAACAGUAUUAGGAAUUCGAGAAGGAAAAAACGGAUGGUUUGAAAUCUCUUGCUUGGGCAGUAUUGCAUGUGAUGAUGAUGGUGAAAUGUAUUCUCAUAUUCUCAGCAAAUUAAUUUCUUGUUGUUGUCGAAAAAAACGAUUCCUAUUAAGUAUUAAUAAAUUAUUGCCAGCAUUGAUGUUACUUGCAUUACGUGAAAAUCAAAGUUCAUUAGAAACUUUAUGUGCUAUGCUUGAUCUGGAUGCUGUAGAAAAUCGUGAUAAUAAAUUGCAAUUAAUAUCAGCAUUACAAUCAACUCCAACCGGUUCGAAAUUGUAUGCAAAAGUAUGCGACAGACAAAUAGCAUUAAGAGAAUUGCAACAAAAAGGUGGACCGAGAAAGUUAACAUUACCGUCACGUUCUACUGAUGGUGAUUUAGCGAAAUUAUUAUCUAGUGGUUCGUUUGGGAAUCUUGAAUGUCUAAGUUUGGCAUUUACACAUGUAACAAACGCUUGUGCGGAACAAUUAAUUAAAUUGCCAGCACUUCGUUAUUUGAAUCUAUGGUCGACGCAGUUUGGUGAUGCCGGUUUGGAAUUAAUUUCUGAGCAUUUAAAUCGUUUACAAGUACUAAAUCUAUGUGAAACACAAGUCACCGAUAAAGGUUUAAAUUAUUUAGUUUGCAUGAAAAUGCUAAGAAAGCUUAAUUUGAAUUCUACACAUUUAUCUCCAAUAACGUUCGAAGCUUUGAAAGAAAAACUGCCUGCGCUACAAGAAUGCGAUAUACGAUAUACCGAUGCUUGGUGA